AUGAAAAAAGCUUUUCGACCCUUAAGUGGUUUAUUGGUGACAAACGGAAAUGAACUUAGCUGUUUGGAUGCUGAAUUGACUGAAUAUGAAUUGUGUGAAAUGGUAAAUCUUGCAUCGAUCAAUAAUUUUAUUAAAGAUGAGAAAGCUGAGGAAGAUGAAAAUGAAAAUAAUUAUACAUACGAUGAUCUGUUAACUUAUGCUGAUUUGAUUUUGGAAGAAACCGUGAAUUUAAAAGAUCUCAUCUUUCAAGAAAAUGAUUUUAUAUCAUGUGAAGCUUCAACUAAUGCCUCAAGUGAUACAAGCGAUAAUACUGUUGAAAGCAGUGUUGAUAUGGAUUUUGAUCUGGAAAGUCUUGUUGAUAUCAUCCUAAAUGAAUUAGACAAUUAA